AGGGAAUGGACGGAGGCAGCUGUCACUUAACAUGUGAAUGUUCCGAGGGCGGCCCAGGGGUCUUUAGAAAACUCUCCUUUUUUUGCCCCCCACCCAUCCCAUUUUUCAAGCAGAAGCAGCAUGGAGUUUCUGAGCCACAGUCAAACCCAGAGGAGGGGCUUUGUUAGAUGAGCUGGGGGAGAGAGUGAGAGAAAAAUCCUGGGGAAGGUAAAGGGGGCACUUUGCCGCCUAGCUGCCUGGUACAUGAGCAACCUGAGCAGCAGCAGCAGCGCUGGUGAGAAUGCCACCGCCUUGUCGUUAUAUGGAACUGACACAAUCUGACCUCCAUGUGAAAACUGCUCUUGGCUGGGAACUGUGGGAGUUCAACUGAGCCGUUGGAAUACAUUGUCUCCAUCUGGGCGCGCUAUCCCAUCGGCGGUGUUAACAAGGAAGGAAUUCCUCUAUCACAGCUCCCACAACAAAGAAGAAAGGGAGAGGAGCAGAGCUGGUGGGAGGAGAAGUGAAGUGAGGGGAGGGGAGGGGUACCCUGUGAGGGGAGAGGAGGACAUUGUUUGCCUGUGACUGUGGGCAACGGAAAAGCAUGAGUUAUCAGGGCAUGUGUGAGUGUGUUUAGAAAGUGUGUUUGUAUGUGGGCAUGUCUGAAUGAGUGUGUGUUGGAGGGAGUAUGCAUGUGUCUGUGUGUAUGAGGAGUCUUCAGUUUGGGAUGUUGGAGCCGGGAGGCCGUUCAAAGGAUGCUCAAACAAAGCUGGAUUUUUUUUUCCUUUCUCUCCUUUUUGAAUGGUGAUUGAGGACUGGCUGGAUUCCUUUACUCAUGCUGUUUGGCUCAACUGUGGUUCAGGGUAGCGGAAGGAUCUUCCGCAUGCAUGGCCAAGGGGCCUUACCUGCCCUAUUACCUCACUAGCCUCUGGGCUGAAGGAUUAUGGGUAACCUCAUCAGCCGGCCCAGCUGCCUGGGCCAGAAGUCCAAGCAUGUGAGGUCAGACGAGGACUUCCUGAAGGAGUGCUACCAACGACGAAGAGAGUGGCAGCCCCUGGAGCAACAUGGGGAGGCCAAACCAGAAGUGGCUGUCAAAGAUAAAACAAGGGAGGAAGAAAGAGAGGUGGAGAGCGACAGGGAGGCACAGGAAAUUGAUAAUAAGAGAGAGGAGGGGGCUCAUACUCCCAUUUCGGACAAACCCCUCCGCAGCUCUCCUGCCUCCACAAUCAGGAGCACCAGCACUCUGGAUAAUGCCUGGCACAGCAGCCCUUCUCCGAUAAAAACAUCCAGAAAUGGGACACUAACAAGGAGAACAGUGCCUCCAGAGUUUGCCAGAUCCCCCCUGGCUCACCCGGACAAGAGCGCUGCGGAGAGGAGGGCCAGCUUCCAGAGGAGAGACUCCAGAGAAGGAAGCCCCUGGUCCUGGAAGACUUUGGCAUCACGAGAGGUUACAGAGGUGACGGAGGUGACAGAGACGAUCGUAACUGAAAUAGUGGAAGUGACAGAGUAUCCGUCUGGAGACAAGGGAGGGGACCCCAUAGUCACCAGAACUGUUAGAGUCCUGAAUGGUGUCGCCCGAGGAACUCGCUGAGCUCCAAAGUGAUGGACACUCAAGUUCAGACCAGGAUUCCAGCCUGGAUAGAUGGAGGGGAACAAGAUCUGCCUUGGCACUGAGGGAUGUGUCAACAGAUUCUGACACAUUUCUCCAAAACCUGGAAGCUUUGCUCACAUGGGUCUGUGAGAUAGAGGAGCUCACUGCCAAUCAGAAACCCCCAUCUUCAGAGGUCAAAGUGGUGAAAGCACAGCUCCAAGAACAAAAGCUCUUGCAGCGCCUCCUAACUGACCGAAGGCGUAGUAUGGACUCUAUGAUGCUGGAGGGCCCUCGGCUGGUGGAGGCCCACCCCGGAGAGGAGGGGGAGGAGGCAAAGGUCAAGCUCUCCACUCUCAAACAGAAGUGGGAGGCCUUACAGCUGGAGGCAGAGCAAAGGAGAGCGAGUCUGGAGCUCAUUCUGCCCAGGGCCCAACUCUUCCAGGAAGGAGUAGACAGCUUGCAGCAAUGGCUCAUAUCUGUGGAACAGACCCUAGCUGAACUACGAAAUGCAGAGAGAGUGAUGCUGCAUAUCUCAGAGGCCACAGAUAGGGCCAAGGCUGUUGUUGAAGAGAUUCAAGUCAAAACUGCUGAGCUAGGGAAAAUACAAAAGUCAGGUCAUGAUCUGAUGGAAGCAAUUUCAGAGGAGGAAGCCCAGCAGGUUCAGGAGAAGAUGGAUGCUCUGCGUAUCCGUUGCUCUGUGCUGAGUCUAAGCAGUCUGGACGUGCUGCAGAGGCUGGAGCAGGCCCUGGAGGCCUCCAGCCGCUGUACCUCCAGCCAGGAGGACCUCCACCUGUGGUUAGGCCGCAUCGAGAGGGAGCUUCUAGGGGCAGCAGGAGCACAGACACAUGCUGGAGAUGCAGUACUGUGUGCAGCUGAGAGACAGAGGCUGGAACAGGCAGUGGUGAAGGAGAUGGCUUGGUUCAGAGACACAGCGCUGAGUCUUGAAAAGCUGAAAACCAUUCAUCUGGAUCCAGAGCUCAUAGCAGAACAACUCUAUGAGCAGAAGAUUUUGGCAGUGGAGAUUCUCCAACACAGGUUCAACAUUGAGAAGAUGGUGAAGAUUGCAGAAAUCUUGCUGACAUACAGUGAUGAAGGAGAAACAGGCGAUUUGCGGACCCCAUUAGAGGCCUUACAGGAACAAUGCAACACCACCUCAGCUACCAAUUCCCACGUGGUCCUGCAGCUUGAGCACGCUCAGUCACUUCUUCUCCAGUUCUCAGAAGGCCUUGCUGAGGUUUCACCCUGGCUUGAGGAAACUCAAACCCUGAUUGGCCAGCUGUCCCUGAGCACAAUUAGCUAUGAGGCAUUUCGGGAACAACAGGACCUCUUACAGGGUCUGAGGGAGUCUAUAGCAGAACACAGACCCUUGAUAGCACGCUUAUGCUCUCUGGCAAAACGCUUGUCAGAACUAAACCCCAUUCAUGGGGAUGAGUUCUGUCGAAAGGCUACAGAGGCUGAGGAGCAGCAUAGAGCCAUCAGAGACCGGGUCAGAGAAACUGCUAAUCUACUUGAGGAGUCCUUGCCUCGGUUCACGCAGCUGAAUGAGAGAAUGACCCUUAUCAGAGAGAGUCUUGACCGCCUGCGCAGUCGCAUACAGACUCCCAGCUCUCUUCAAGGCCUCACCCCAAGGAUCCAGGAGCAGCUGCAGGACAACAAGCACACCCUGUCUGAGCUGUCCAAGCUGGAGCUGGGCCUUGGCAGUGUCAAGACACAGGCAGAUGAGCUGCUGGCUAACACACAGGCAGCUGGUGAUGGAUCUGUCGGCACAGCAAUCCAGGAGCGAGUGUCCAGCCUGUCCCAUCUGUUGGAUGAGACGCAUACUCAGGCACAGGAGAGGGAAUGCUGGCUGCUCAAACUCUUGGAUCUUGCCUUGAAGUUCUGGAGUGAUGUCAGCGAUGUCACGGCUGCUCUCAAUGAUGCUCAGCAGGCAGUUUUGGAUCUCAAUGCUAGUCGGACAGACUCCGAAACAAUCCGCCAGAGCCUUGAGACCAUGCAGACUCUCAGGGAGGAUAUUGACAGUUUCCAGGGAGAUCUGGACACCCUUGGCGUUUUGGGAAUGGAUCUGAUGUCAGCAUGUGGCGAUACAGACAAACCAGAUGUCACAAAGAGCUUAGAUGAACUCUAUUGCACAUGGAACAACUUGAGCAAACUGUGGAACGAAUGUCACAAAAAGCUGGAGGAGUCCUUGCAUAUGGCACUACAUUAUCAAGACACUAUGCAGGGUCUUUUUGAGUGGUUGAAGUCAGCUGAGCUGAGGUCUACUGAAGAGUUCAUGGUAGGGACUGACCUGGAAUCAGUCAAGGAGCAGCUAUGUGAUCUCAAGGAAUUUAAGCGAGAACUUUACCAGAAGAAAAUAGAGAUAGAAAGCCUGAACCAUCGCUUUGUGUGCCGGCUGUCUCCAGGCUCGGAGCGUCCAGGCUCCGUCUCACCGCUGUGUGACUUCAGACAGCGCUGGGACAGCUUGGAGUCAGAGACUGUCGGCAGACAGCAUCAGCUGGAGUGUGCUCUGCUGGGUCUGGGUCAGUUCCAAAACACUCUGGAUGAGCUGCACACAUGGCUUUCCUGGACCGCUGAACAACUGCAGGGCAGCCAGCCAAUCAGCAUCGACCUGCAGGCCUGUGAAAUAGAGCUGGCCAAGCACAAGGUCUUGCGUAAUGAUGUCAUGUCUCAUGUUCGCACGAUGGAGUCCCUGAACCAGGCAGGCAGGGGGCUGCUGGAGAUUGGGUCCGUGGACAGCCCGCAUGGUCUGCAGUCUCGACUGGAGCAACUCAAUGAAAGCUGGGAGUUUGUCCGCUGCGAGACUGAACGCAGGCAGCUGGAAUUAGAGAACAGACUGAGUCAGGUACAAGAUGUUACGAUGGAGAUUCAGGAUCUUCUGCAGUGGCUGGAGAACACAGACCUGAGACUGUCCUCCACUAAAACCACGUGGAGUAUGCCGGACUCUGCCAGUGAACGGCUCAGUGCACACUUGGAGCUGUGCAAUGAGAUGGAGUCAAAGCUCCAUGCCUACACAGAUGUGAAGAAUGCCAUUCACAGGAUGCUGGAGAGCAGCAAUGUUGUCCGGGGAUCGAGCACCGAACACAGCCUAUCUAUUCUUGAACAGAAAUGGGCGUCUGUUUACAGCAAAGUCCAGGAGCGAAAGGUAAAGCUUACAGAAGGAUUGAGUCUGGCUAAGGAGUUCCACAGUAAUGUCCAGGAUCUUCUCACUAAGAUGAGCAAGUGUGAAGAGUCUAUUGGGCUUCUUCCUGCUCCCAGCUUUGUUCUGGACACAGUUUGUACUCAACUGCAGGAUCACAGAACACUGGUGAAUGAGGUGAACGGUUACGGCGAGAAGAAGGCCACAGUGCAGCACACAGCAUGCAGACUAACAGAGCUGAGCAGGAAGGAAGACUGUGACGUCAUUCAUAACUUAAUCAUGACCGUCCAGGAUCGCUACAAAAAGCUACAGCAGCGCGCUUCAGAGAGAGGCAGGACGCUGGAGGAGGUCAAAAAGAAUGCCAAACAGUUUAAUGAAUCGUGGCGCAUGCUUGUAGACUGGAUGACAGAGGUAGAACAGACAUUAGACACACAUAAAGAGAUUGCUGUGUCCCACAAGGAGAUCAAACAACAACUGACUGAACAGAAGGAGUUCCAGAAACUGCUGAGGUCAAAGAGGCCCAUGUACGAAGCUACAUCGAAGAAUGGACGCAGCCUCCAUGAAAGAGCUCAAACCAGCCGUGAUAGACAGCAUCUGGAAAAUCUACUGGCUGAACUCAAAGACACAUGGGACACCAUCAGUGGCAAGUCUAUGGAGAGACAACACAAGCUGGAGGAAGCACUGCUGUUCUCAGGUAGAUUCACUGAUGCUCUCCAGGCACUGAAUGACUGGCUGUAUAGAGCGGAGCCACAACUAGCUGAGGAUGUCCCUGUUGGUGGAGACAAAGACAUGGUACACAACCUGAUAGACAAACACAAGGCCUUCCAAAAGGAGUUAGGGAAGCGAGCCGGAUGCAUUAGGACCCUGAAGCGCUCUGUGAGGGAUCUGACCAGGAGCAGCACUGCUGACGCUCACUGGCUGCAGGAGCAGAUGGAUGAACUGGAGGGCCGCUGGGAGGCUGUGUGCAAAUUGUCAGUCAGCAAGCAAGACAGACUGGAGGUUGCACUUCAGCAGGCUGAAAAGUUUGAUGGCCUUGUCCACUCUUUCAUGGAACGCCUCACUGAGGCAGAGAGGAUACUGAAAUAUGGGGUGAUACCAGAGGAGGAGGAAGGUUUGCUUGCUUUCCGCAAACAACACGAGGAAUCAAUGGGUGCCUUGCAGGCUCAGGCAGUGGAGUUACAGAACAUCCAGUGUCUGGGUGAGGAGAUCCUGGCCUCCUGUCACCCAGACUCUAUAAUCACCCUAAAAUCUUGGAUCAGUGUCACCAAGACCCGCUAUGAGGAGGUUCAGACCUGGGCACAGCAGCAGGGUCAGAAGAUCCAGGCCAGUUUGGCAGCUCUGGAGGCAGAGAGAGAGGACGUCCAGAGGCUACUGGACUGGAUCUCCUCAGCACAGGAAGCCCUCAACCUCAGAGACCAAGAGCCUCUGCCUGAAACCACAGAGCAGAACCAAGAACUGAUUGAACAGCACAUAGUAUUCAUGGAGGAGUUGAAUAAAAAGUUUCCAGAGGUUGAACAUGCCACGAAGUCCUGCAAACACAAGAGCAUUUCGAAACAAGUUUCCCCCAGCAAACGACCACUUGCAAAGAGGAGGAGCACUCUGAAGCUGCAGCCUGCUGUACGGGUUCCCCUGGAGCACCUCGACCCCCAGACCCCAGAGCUCAGUCAGCUGGUCAGUCACUGGCAGAAACUUUGGCUCCUGGCUGUGACGAGACAAAACCGCCUGGAGCAACACCAGCAAACGCUCAAAGAGAUGGAAGAAUUUGCAAACUUCGACUUCAAUAUUUGGCGAAAGCGUUACAUACAGUGGAUUAGUCAUUUGAAGUCCCGGAUCUUAGACGUGUUCCGCAGCAUCGACCGGGACCAGGAUGGACGCAUCAGCCAGAAGGAGUUAAUUGAUUAUGUCCUUGCCUCCAAAUUUCCAACCAACUCUCUGGAGAUGAAUGCAGUGGCAAACAUCUUUGACAUGAACAGCGACGGCUUCAUUGACUACUAUGAGUUUGUGAGUGCGCUUCACCCUAGCAGAGAUCCCUACAGGAAAACACUGGACGCAGAUCAAAUCAACGAAGAGGUGAGUCGACAGGUAUCACAGUGUAACUGUCCCAAGAGGUUCCAAGUGGAGCAAAUAAGUGCCAAUAGAUACAAGUUUGGAGAUUCCCAACAGUUGCGGAUGGUUCGUAUCCUGCGUAGCACGUUGAUGGUCAGAGUAGGAGGAGGCUGGACUGCUCUAGAUGAGUUCCUGGUCAAGAAUGACCCCUGCAGAGUGAAAGGCAGGACUAACCUGAAGAUCAAGGAGAAGUACUUGUCUCCUGCAGGAAGCACUUCUAAGGGUCUGACUGUCAGCAGGUCUAACUCAAGCCUCAGCCUCUACAGCAGUGCCUCCGCCCCCACCAGCCCCAUGACACGCAAGGCAUUACUCCGCAGAAGUUUCUCAGGAGACCGCUGCAUCCGUCCCAGGAGCUCCAUCGCUGCUUUGGGGUCUGAUCUACAGUUUGUCACAACAGGGGGGGAUGAUUCUCCCUCACCAUCAGACGAAGCUGAGAGGUUACCCACAUGAUUGCCCCUGAGAACCAUGUGUAUGCUGCAGUGCUGAACCCAAACACAGCCUUGGGGCCCCAAAACAAAGUGAUAAGCAGAAGUAAUGUGAUGGAGGGGCCAAAAAACAAUGCAUCAGCCACAUCUGAAAAGCAGACACUGACAGAAAAGUACAGCGAAGUUCACCAGAGGUGAUGCUAAAGGGUCUUUAACUCUGAUAAAUCUGCUUGAAGACCAUGUCUUCUCUGUGGAUAUUGAGGAAGUCAGUCCAGAUACAAGACAAAGAUUUGUUUGUCCCAUGUUACAUUUCAAACAAUAGUAUCUGAUUGUGUAGAGAGUAGGAACUGAAAAGUUCUGCAUGGAUGCUUAUUGCAUGAUAGCCAGAGCCUUGCUUAAAUCAGAUUUUGUUUUUUUCCCAGCUUGUUAUUCUUUUUUGGUUGUAAAGAUGAGCAAAAUCAGACGGCACCAGAACCCAAGAAUAAUGCUCCGUCAUGAGCAGUAAUGUGGUGUAACUGAUUUAAAAGUGUCUUACAGCAAGAACACAUUUGUACAUGGGUUGUAAAGGUGAUGUACUGUCUGACUGCCCCAACUAGCAUCCAAAAAACACAUAUACCAAAACCAAGUAUGUGAAGGGUACAGUAUGCUGUCCUUCAACUUUGUGAAAUUUUUGUUUUUAUUUCAUUCCAUGAAGAUGACAUUGUUGGCAGGGCCACACUGUUUUUGUCUUUUACCUUUUUUGACACCAUGUUUUGAAAUAAUUAUGUAUUUUUUAUUGUUCUUUAUUGUAAGGAUGUUUUAAACACUGGAGAUUGUGUGAUGAACAAUGCACUGAAGUACGACAGGUCAUUGUUGAUUUGUAGAGAUUAUUUUCUCAGGAUUGGUUUUGCCUUUGGAUGUAUGUAUUUCUAUGGAACAUUACGGUGAAAGUGUAGAUAUUUUGUUUUCAUUCAACAUUGUACUUCCUGGGAAAGUUUUGUUUAGCACAUUCUUUUCAUAAAAAUGCACUUUUCUGUGUCCAACUACUGUAGAUUUGUUUUGCUGAGUGGGUAAUUUGGCAUUUGUCACCAGUAAGAGAAUUAAUUUUUCAUGAGAAUGCACUGGAGGUGAUAUGUCUGGUUGACCAGUGUAAUUCCUUUCAGUGAAAUCUACCUUUUAGUUUCCUUGUUUUCCCUUUCCAGCCUCUUUUACCAAAAGCAGUAUAUUUUAAAUUCUCUGUAUUUCUGUUUUGAUGUUUUUAGUCUCUGACCUCCAAUCCAUUCAGCAUUUCUCACAACUGUUUUGAUUUUAUUACUCUACUUUAAAAGGUGUUUAAAAAACAUGCGAGGCACUACUUCAGUUUCCUCCAAGGUUUCCUCCUGAAGAUACCAAUAUGCAUUGUUUCAGCAAAAAAUACUGAAAUAGAUUUUCCCCGAGAGAGAAGCAACUGCAGCUCCACCAUCAGACUGCACAAGCUGUUCAGUGUUGCACUGUGCCUGGCUUUCACUCUGGUUUCAUUAUAUACUGUAGCAGUUAAUACUUCACAAUAUGUUAUCAGCAGUGUAAAGUUACUGUAUUUGUAUGUGUACGUUUGUACUAGAUCUACCUGAGGUUGAAGACAGUAGCUUAUGUACCUAAUUGCAUUUGGUCUAUGCAGUUGUCAAAAUGAUUUUUUAAAAUCAAAAAUGUUUUUACAUGAUAAAGUACCUUUUCCUCUUGGCCUCAAUGUGUUGAUGUUGGAGAAGGUUGAAAUUUUACUGUACUGUAAAAAUACAAUAGGCAGAUUUAACUUCUAUUGCUAUGCACCCUAAUCUUUCUGUACUGUAAAUGUUUCUAUACUCAGUGCUCAUUCUGAUGUCUAAUUUAGGGAAACUGUAGAUGAAUGUCACUAAUAAUUUUACGUCUACUUGUAUAAAAAUAAAUCUUUUUGUAAUAAAAA